AUGAGAAAACUGAUGGAAGAGAAAAGUUCUGAAGUGUUAAUUAGGUCCUGCGGCAUAUGCGCGCGGAUAGACAUAGGCCGGGCGCUUAGAGAGCACAACGCGUUUGUUCGAGGCCCGCUGAGCUGUGCAGCGGAAUCCAUGGAGGGCCAGGAGUAUCCCGAGUUCUGCUACGCAUUUGAUAGAAGCAUUAAAGCUGCGCCCGAGGGAGACACAUGCUGGCCAGAGUCCAAGACAGAGCUGGUUUGCCAAAUGCUAAAGACACACAUGUUUUUCACGCUGAAAUUCCCGCAAACCGCGAACAUCGCUGCUUUCAGCGAGGCCUUUUUUGGGAACUUCACAGAAGCCAAGCCAAAAAAGUCAGACAGAAUGUUCCAAAAAAAGCACAGCAUUCAGAAAAAAGUGAUCCAAGAAAACUUGCAGGAGCGCAUAUGCAAUGGCGAGGAAACCCUGCGAAAAAACCUAGAGGAUGCUCUAGGCCGGAUUGUUUGGGAGAUAGGCCUGGCGGAGAAGGCCUGCGGCGCUAGUGCGGCAAGCUACCUGCACUACAUGCGUCUGCACGUGCGAGACUAUGAUGGGUAUGUAAAGCUGGCAAGAUCGCACAAUCUUGCGACCCUUCUGGAAAAGAUUUGCAGAGAGCACGAAGAAAGCCACUCGGUUGGCGCCGGCACAGAUAUAUACACGCUGGGCGAGCUGUACGAGCCCCUUGAUGGCCUUGACACCCGCCUGUGCUCCGGGCUCAGCGCGGUGAAGGAUCUUUACCUCUACCAAGCUAAAGGGCGCGAGGACGUGAGAAAUAUAAUCAGAAACAUCAGCGGCGACCACGUAAAGCUGAUCCGAAGCCUUGUCUACCACAGGUCAGAGAUACUGCAGGAGCGGAAGUUCUACUUCCAGCUGCUGGGCAUGCAUCGCAAGGUUGCAGGCUCUGCAUUUGUGCAAGACGGGUUCGCCGCUACUGGCUCACUAGUCUUUGGGAAUGCAGUGGACCAGGAUCUGCUGGACGCUCUUGUCAAGGGCCCUGAAGAGAAGCACGCAGCGGUUAGAAAAGAGAUGCAGAGCAUAGAUGCGAAGAUACGUGCUGCUAGCAUGGCUAUUGCGCGCGUGAAAGACCAAGAAGUCUCAGCACCUCUUGGCACAGAAGGCCUAUACGCGGCAGAAAUUGAAAGGGUAAAAAGGUACCAAGGCGCGCUGAUCAAAAGCGCAUACGAGAAAGAAAAUAUUCUCUGUGCAAUAGAUAUUUUUAAGCAGCUGGCAGCAGCCCAGAAAGCCCACAUUCUAGCCUCGGUUUCGGCAUAUUCAAAAAUCCUCGGCGCAGAACACCAAGCUUUCCAGCAGCUGCCAGAGCUGGAGGUCCCCUUGGCGCAUUCAACAGCAGGGGACUGCCUUUUGGAGCCCAGUAUUUCGAUUAUACAGCCGCUGGUUGACAGGGAGCCAAGCGAAUAUGCACUAAAAGGCGUUGUGGAGCAGGUGCAGGCGCGCAGGCGUCGGGUAAAGACAGCCCUUGUUGUGGCGACUGCUGCGUCUUUUGCUGCGUCUUUUUUGCUGCUAUGGCACAAAGCCUACGCGCUAGAGAAAGCUGCAAUGUGCUGCGCUGCUGGCCGCUCUGCUAUGGAAAGAGCUGCAGAGGCCUGCAGGCGCCUGGGAGACUGGAGACAGUGGGCAGACGCAAAAAAAACAUUGUGGAUUCAAAGAGCGUAA